AUGCACUUCUCAACCGCUUCCGUCCUCACCACUCUGAUCUCCGCGGCUGCGGCAGCCAAGCAGAUGCAGAUCAACUACUACAGCGACACCAAAUGCAAGUCAUACUCUGGUCAAGUUGAUGUGACCUGGGCGCAAAGUGUUUAUGCUGGCAAGACGAACUGCUACAACUAUCACUACGGAUCUAGCAUGUUGAUCGCAGAGUGCCAGGCUGGAGGGUGCUUGUGCAACAUCUACAAGAGCAAGAACUGCAAUGAUUAUCUGGAUCAGAUGCGAUAUGAUGGGGAUUUCAAGUGUCGGACUGCAGCGAACCUGGCUCAGUCUUUUGCGUGCUACUACAAUGCGUGA